GAAUGAAAUGGAUGGAGGCGACGGAAUUGGUAGUUGCACCAGAUCGCUCCAGCGUCACUUAACCUCUGCUUCCUACUCGCACCUACCACCCUUCUUCUGCCAUUCCUCAUUAUUUAUACUCUUUUUUUGCCUCCGCCAUUGUUUCCAUCUCUUCCGCAUUUUCAAGUUUGACACUUCGACUUAGGCCCACUCACCCCCUUUCGUUUCCCCCCUUCUGGAACUUUAACUCCGUCGAACUCUGAUUCUCGCAGAUUCCAAAUCCAGCAUUUGAAGAAACCGGGGCAUGGAGUUCUUGCAGGCGCAGGAGAAUCAAUUACUUGUGGGCGUCACCCUCUCCGUCGUUGCCAUUGGGUUCGCCGCUUUCUAUCUCUAUUCUUCCAGCAAGAACAGAGGUUGCUUGGACCCAGAGAAGUUCAAGCAGUUUAAACUUGUUAAGCGCGUACAGCUGAGCCAUAAUGUCGCAAAGUUCACGUUCGCACUACCAACGCCUACUUCAGUGCUGGGUCUUCCAAUUGGGCAGCACAUAAGUUGCAGGGGCAAGGAUAGCCAAGGGGAAGAGGUUAUCAAAGCAUAUACACCUACUACUUUGGAUUCUGAUGUUGGAUAUUUUGAACUGGUUAUAAAGAUGUACCCACAAGGAAGGAUGUCACACCAUUUCCGUGAGAUGCGUGUUGGUGAUUAUCUUUCUGUCAAAGGGCCCAAGGGACGUUUUAGGUAUCAACCUGGUGAAGUUAGAGCGUUUGGGAUGCUUGCUGGAGGGUCUGGAAUUACUCCAAUGUUUCAGGUUGCUAGAGCCAUCUUAGAAAACCCAACAGACAAGACAAAGGUGCAUCUUAUCUAUGCCAACGUCACAUAUGAAGACAUUCUUUUGAAGGAAGAACUGGACCGUCUUGCUGCUAAUUAUCCAGGUCGUUUCAAAGUAUACUAUGUCCUAAAUGAGCCUCCAGAAGGAUGGGAUAGUGGUGUUGGAUUUGUAUCAAAGGAGAUGAUUCAAACCCAUUGUCCUCCUCCUGCACAUGAUAUCAGGAUACUGAGGUGUGGCCCACCACCUAUGAACAAGGCUAUGGCUACUCACCUUGAUGCCCUUGGAUAUGACCCUGACAUGCAGUUCCAGUUCUGAUUUUUCUCUUCUUUUAACAUUUCAUUAAUGGCCAGCCCGGGAUGGAAAACAAUCGCCAUGUGUUUUUUCUGAGUUUGAAUUUGCGAAGCAUGGGACUGACUUUGAGAGAGCCAGAAUUAGAAUGUGAAAUAAUUGAUUACUCCAUGACGAGGAUGAGACGUUGAAUUGAAUGUAUGGUAGAGAAAUGCAAUACAUGAAUGUCUGAUGCGUUAAUGAGA